AUGAACAUGCAGAGGCAAAGGUUGUCAUCAGGCCAACAGCUAUGGCUCCCUGCAUUUUCAUCGUUUCUUUGGCGAUUUGGGCUUUUAUUCUUGCAAUGGACCCUUUUCGACGGCGAAGGCUUUCUGGAUAUCCUACUGCUCUUCAUGGCACGGUGGGUCUCUUCGUACGUUUGCUCUGCCUUCUUGCGCGCACAUUAUCGGAACUCAGAGUUGAUGCUCGGGCAAAUGGGCCAAUUCACCCUGGAGAGUGUUGAUUGUCUUUGUUGCAAAAGAAAGCACCGCAAGGCCGAAUGUUUGAACCUGUGCUCCCUUUAA